UCUGUUAGUACAAUAUAAUAGCCGCAAAAUCUCAGAGAGAGAGAGAGAGAGAGAGAGAGAGAGGAGGCUGGAGGUCAGAACCAAAGGCCAAACACAAAAGGGUGUCUCGCAAGGGGAAGAAGCUUCAUAAUUUUCCCAAUGGAAUCAUCAGUUAAGCCAAAGGCCGACUCUCUUCUCCUCGAGGGAAUCACGAUGCUCCUGUCCCGAUGGAACGGGCUUCAAACGGCGAUCCAGAACCAGUGGGGCGGCCACGAUUCCCUCUUGAAAUCGAAGCAGCUCGCUUCCGAGAUCCUCUCUUGGUUUUCUCAAUCCAAAGGUCAGCAACCUCAUGCAGAAGAUUUGGAGAAUUUGCUGCAUGAAAGCUUGUUACUUUCUUUCAACACAGACAUUGAAGAUGGCAGCAUUGAGGAAGUCGCGGAGCAAUUGAUGAUUCUGCAUGAAGAAUACUUGCAAGGGAUACAUUAAUCAACAAAUGAGCUUACCGGCAAUCCAAUCUCCUUGGCACAAGUUCAUCCCACAUAGUGUACAGUUUUACAGAGACGAAACAUGAAAACUUGGGUGGAAAUGCAAUGAUGUAUUAAAAUCUAAGGUGUCAGGCACUCGACAAGGAGGGCAAG